CCUCGCUAAACACAGCACAGCGUGUGAGGGUCGCUAAAUUCAAUAGACAGGAUGUUGUAGGCGUAGGUUUACACAGACAUAAAUGUACCUUGUAUGAAGUCUAAUUCCAACGUCAUAACACAAACCAUAAAUACACCAAACAAAGUGAGCAAAAUAAAAUUGGAGCUACCAAGUACACCUGAAGAUGUGCCAUACUGUGAGAGUUCAAGUAAAGUUAUCAAAAAGUGACCAAACAGGUGUCUUUUUUCCAGGAAAUCAUGAAGCUGAGAUGUGCUAUGGAGGAGAAGCUGAUCUACACAAACAUGUUACUGGCUGUAAGAAGAAUCCAGGUCACAAAGAUUUUAUACCUCUUAAAGAUUUCAAUGAAAGUUGUCUCCCCUCACGUUACCAUGACAACAACCUCAUGUCUGAGACAAUCAAAGCAUUGGCAGCCCUAACUGUCCAGGUAAAGACUAAAUUCACCAGUCUAGAGAGACCAGAGUUUUACCCAGGCACUCUAGUUCCAUAUCCAUGUUAUAAUGACAGAGGACGUCACGUGAUGAGGUUAGGGACGGGGAGGGUGUGGCGUGUGGACAAGUACACAGAGAGUGAAUGUGACGGAACUUGUCAUUGUGCCAAGUGUCAAUUCUCUGCCACACCCAGCAAAGUGUUGUGGAAGGUUGAUGUGUUGACAGCCAGACACGUGGUGUUUGAUGACAGUGAGGCGAGACAGACCAGGUGUGUUUUAGGUUUUGAUGACAAUAAAAGUCCAGUGGUCAGUCUUGAUGGCUGGAAGGUGGAGGGUAGGUCAGACAUUGAGAGAGACUGGUGUAGGUUGAGUUAUGUGACAUGUGACUUAGAGUUGGUUAAUGAACUGGACAAUAUGUGUCGGCGCUUUCAUGAUCUAUGUAGGGAAGUAUGGUACAAAUACAUGGUAUUUGAUGAUGUGGACAAGUUGACCGUUAUAGUGUCACAUCCUCAUGGCUGUCCUAAACAGGUUUCUGUAGGACAAUGGACACACAGACAUAGGAGGGAUGGCUGGUGGACCAGGUACUGGUACACAACAUGUACAUGUCCUGGCUCCAGUGGAGCGGCUGUCUACAGGAUAGGAUGUGACGGGUGGUGGUAUGAUAGUUUUUUGUAUAACCAUCCCCACUGUGGAUCAAACUCUGAAGGAAAUUACAGUGGGGAGUAUUUGUACUGAUGUAACAGUACACAAUGUACUGUACACAAUGUAAACAAACAAAAUGGAAAAGAGGGUUUUAGUGUUUUAAAGGAAAUAUUUUCAGUGACAGCAUUGGUACUGUCGAAUUCACAAAUUAUGAAUUACUGAAAAGUAGAAAAUAAAACUAAAUAGCGGCGUGAUACGCGCGGGUCGGCUCGAAGAAAAUAAAUGCCCAAGAUAAAAAUA